AUGCCGGCGGGACACGGUUUGAGGUCGCGAACUAGGGAUCUGUUCUCAAGGCCCUUCAGGAAGAAGGGUCCAACACCACUAUCUAUCUACUUGCGGACCUAUAAAAUUGGGGAUUAUGUGGAUGUCAAGGUGAAUGGGUCCAUUCACAAGGGCAUGCCCCAUAAGUUCUACCAUGGCCGCACCGGUCGGGUCUGGAACGUAACCAAGCGUGCCAUCGGCGUUGAAGUCAACAAGCAGGUAGGUAAUAGGAUAAUCAAGAAGAGAAUACAUGUGCGUGUCGAGCACGUUCAGCCUAGUAGGUGCCACGAGGAAGUCCUGCAGAGAAUCAAGAGGAAUGAUCAGUUGAAGGCUGAGGCAAAGGCUCGUGGAGAGGUUAUAAGCACCAAAAGGCAGCCUAGAGGACCAAAACCUGGCUUCAUGGUGGAAGGUGCUACUUUGGAAACCGUAACACCUAUUCCAUAUGAUGUGGUUAAUGAUCUUAAGGGUGGCUAUUGA